UCAAUCAGUUUCUCUCAAGUUGAAAGUUCCCUUUCAUCAUCUUCCUUCUUCUUCUUCUUCUUAUUUGUUUCUUUCUCUCAGCUAAUCCAAAUCUCACCAACAGCUCAUUAAUCGAUCGAUAAAUGCAUUGCAGCCAACAGCACUUGCUUCAACACCAAGCACCAACACCAUUUUAGUCUCUUCUUACAAAGCAUAUUCAUUAAUCAAUGUUCGAUAUAUAGACUGUCGGAACGACGACAGGUUCAACAUAAUUUUUGAAGCUACCUACUAAUCUCCCAUGGCUGAUCCUCCCCUCAAAUUCAGAAAGAAGAAGACGAUGAAUGAAGAACAAAAGAGGGAGGAACUCGAAAGAGAGGUUGCGGUGCUUCACAAAAUGCUCGAUUACGAGAAGAAGGUGCACGAUUAUCUCGAACAACUCAAUAAUCAACAAGAUCCUUCCUCUUCUCUUACCAUUCCAAACUUCCUCCCACCUAAGAUGAAAGAGAUACUUGCCGAGUUAUCAAUAGUCGAGAGUGAGAUCACACAUCUCGAGAGCCAAAUCAAACAUCUUCAAGCUCAAGUGAAGCACGAAAAGGAAGUUAAUAUCGAGACAAAAUACAAACAAUGGGGGCGAGGAAACCUUAAUAAAAUCCGUCAACAUGAAUCUUCGCCUCUCCCACCAAAUCCGAACAUCAUUAGCAAAAGGGCCAACGAGAAAAUCGCAUUUGACACCAAAGCUAUGCAUUUCAUCAACAAGGCAAUUAAAGGAGAUUAUAACCUAAGCGACUUUAGUGUGAACGAAAAGGUGAUGAACUCAAAGGGAUUCUCGAGUCAGAAGGAGAAUAAAUUUCAAUACGAUGGAGGAAUAUAUAACGAGAAAAUCUCGAGAAAAAGUGGCAUACUAAAACCUCCCUCGCCGUUAAGAGAGCCGAGGCAUCAUGCCACGCCUAGAAGAGACCGAAAUCUUGAGGUGUCGAAUGAAAUGCCGGCACACAAGGCUGGCUCGACUCCAUUGCAUUUGGAGGAAGAAAACAUCCAACGAUGGCCGCCUAAUAAGCUGUCCGAGAACAUAAUGAAGUGCUUAAUCUUCAUUUUUGUGAGAUUACUCCGAACAUCGAGAGUAAUGGAGUUAGAAAAGUCCGGGCCCAUUGCUCGUUCCACCAACUUUUCCCUUAGCUUCCGAGCAGAGACAACCUCGAAUUUAAAGACGAGCGUCAUGUUCCAAAAAGAUUCGCGGCAGCAAGAUCCUUACGGCGUCUUUGAUUCCGAAGAAUCCAUUCCUAGGGAUAUUGGUCCUUACAAGAACUUGGUUAGACUUACCUCGACUUCCAUGGACCUCAAGUGCAUUCAGAGUUCAAGUUCCGUGCCUCUUUUGCAAAAGUUAAAGGUUUUGAUGGAUGGCCUUCAAAAGGUGGACUUGAGGUUCUUGAGUCAUCAACAAAAAUUAGCCUUUUGGAUCAACAUCUACAAUGCUUGUAUCAUGCAUGGAUAUCUUCAAUAUGGGGUUCCUACGGUUUUUGGUCCUGAGAAUCUCUUGUCUCUCAUGAACAAGGCAAGUUUGAACAUCUCCGGUAACGACAUUAACGCUCAAGCAAUCGAACAUUUUAUCUUGAGGAAACCCCAAGAUUCAGCCGUCAAAGAGAUACUAAGCAAAGGCAACGACAACAACAAAGAGACGAUAGUACGUGAACUCUAUGGACUCGAUACACCCGAUCCAAACAUUACAUUCGCCCUUUGUUGUGGUACUCGCUCAUCACCCGCGGUGAAGAUAUACACGGCGGAGGGAGUGAUUACCGAGCUAGAAAGAUCGAAACUAGAGUAUCUACAAGCAUCAAUUGUGGUAACAAGUAGCAAAAGAAUUGCUCUCCCCGAGCUUCUGUUGAGGAACAUGAAUGAGUUUGUGAGCGAGCCCGAGUCGAUGAUGGAGUGGGUGUGCCAACAGCUGCCGACGUCCGGGACACUCAGGAAGUCGAUCGUCGACUGUUUCCGGGGACCUCAGGCUGCAGCAGCCAAGCCUUCAUCAUCAUCUUCUUCUUCAUCAUCUACUUUGGUUGAGAAAAUACCCUAUGAGUAUGAGUUUCAGUACUUAUUGGCAAUGUGAUUCAACCAAUCUCUCUCUAUAUAUAUAUAUACAUGUUAAUUGUAUGUAUCCAUGGAGAUGAAUAAUUAUAAUUCUAGUUUAGUGAAUAUUUUUUUCGGGAUAAAUUAUACUC